AUGGCAGCUGCCACAAAAAGGAACUUUGAGACCAGUUCCUAUGAAGUAGAUUUGCUGGACAGGCUGGCUUCUCAGUCCUCAGUUCUCAAAAAUAUUUCUGUUAUGGAGGAGGAAGCAAACUGCAGUGUACUAUACAUUGGGCAAUACUCCACACUGAACAUACCAACCAGAAAAGCUUUUGGCCUAAGGUUUUCAGAUGAGCUGACUGUGUUAAUCAAACUUCGCUAUAGGAUGCAGGAAGACACAGCACUACUGACUGUCUUGAACUAUCACAGUCACAUCCAGUUUCAGAUCAGACUCAGUCCAUACUCCCUUGUGUUUAUUACCACCGGAAGGCGUCAUUAUGAAUUUCCAGUUUCCUUCCUGUCAGAUGGUGGGUGGCACAGAAUUGCACUAGGUAUCUCCUUAGAUAAGGUGGAGCUCUUCAUCGACUGCCAGCUUAUUGAGAGCAUAGUGUGGAAGCAUUACUAUGGAAUGGGUGUUUCCACAGAAGGACUUGUGCUUAUUGGAGGGAUCAUCGAAGCCUUUGAGACCCCAUUUGAGGUAUGCUUUUGCAAUGACAAAGCCACACUCAGAAAGACCAUUUGCACAUUGGAUUGUUGA